GUCUGGUCUCACCGUCUCAGCUCACAGUUGUGUUGUUGUUUUUGUUGGGGAAAAAAUAAACAAUAAUUUAGCUGGUUGUUGUGCGCGAACCAAACGUGGAAAUUAUGCGAAUCUCGACAGCGAAAGGGCAACGCGAUGCUGGCAAUGAAAGUGUAGGCGUGGCUUUUCCGGAUUUUCCAGCUUAUCGGCACUUGUGCACCUGUGCUGGCAUUUCCACCGAUUUUUUCGCCUGUGGAGCUGCAAUGGCGACCAAGUUGAGAACGAUCAAUUCAGCAAAAUAGAAAGAGCAAUCAAGGAUAAAGAGCGGUGUGCGGAGAUAGAGCGAGAGGAGAGCGAUACGUGGGUGCAUGCGAGGGCAGAGAAAAAGAACCGUUUCACCCGUCAACGUCAAAGAAGCGUUCAUAAAUGGCGAAUAAGAGUGCGAAAAGGCAAUAAAAAGUGGCAAACCGUGGGUUAUAUAAAAUAUAUAUAUAGUAUAUCAAGUGCCACGAAAUGCAGUCUUGCGAAAAUCGAAAAUAAAUCAAUGAUAUAGACGCAAAUCCAGGAAAAGGAAGAAGAAGCAGCGGCACAGCUGAGUGCGUGUGUGUGAGCCCUGUUGGCUUGCGAGUGUGUGAGUGCGUGUGUGCUGUGAGCAAGUGAAAUCAAUAAUGUGUGCAGCCCAAAAAAAUAAUUGAAACUGCAAUAAUGUCGAAAAUUGUGUGAGGCAUCAAAUUGGAAAAGCCAUACAUCCAGGCUGCACUGAGCGAAAAUCGUGCCUUUCAACGGAUCUUCUGCUGCACGGCGAAAGAAGCAAAAAGCAACAAAAAUAAUGGAGUUUUAACAAAGUUUUAAAAGUGUACUUCUGGUGCAAGAAGCAGCAGCAAUAGCUAGAGGAAUCGGAACCGGAACCGGAAACAGCUUCAGAUCCCACGGACAGGCGACCAAGGACCGACCAUGAUACCCACCAGCGUGACCAACUCGCCGCCGCCAGCGGGAUUGGGCCAGAACGGAGCGUCUGCCUCCUUGGGCUCGGCCACGGCGGCGGCGGGCGCAGGGAUGCUGUCCGGUCUGGGCAUCUCCGGAGGGGUGUCGCCGGGAGCAGGAUCUGGACUGGGGGCUCAGAACAACUACAGCUCCGUUGUGCUGGGCCUGGCCUCGCUGAUCCUCGAAGGCAGGCCCAUUGCCGACGACGAGUAUCAGCAGCAGCCGCAGCAGCAGCUGGGAAUGGCCUGCACAGGGUCAGCAGGAUCGGCAGCUGCCGGGGGACGCCUCUCGCCACGCCCCUCCACGUCCAGGGCGGCGAUCAACAUCACAACGAAUCCCUACGGUUCGAUGGGAGGAUCGGAGAAUAGAGCUGGCAACGGAAGUGGUUCCGCCGCGUCGCCCAGCAGCAGCUCGCUAACCCACCAGCGUUGGACGCAGAAGCUGUGCCAGCUGCGUCAGAUCUCGCCGGCUGCCCAGACGAUGAGUGCCGAGCCGGAGCUGGUGUCCCUGGCCAUCAAUGAUCUCAACAAGGAUCACGGCGGCGACUACGAGAUUGUGCGGCGGGUGAUGCUCAAUCGGGCAGGAGGAAUGGCUGCCGUGGUCAGCACUUCGGGUGGAGGCGGCGGUGGUGGUGGAACCAACAACUCCAGUGCCGCCAGCUCGCCGGGCUCCAAUUCAUCGGAUAACAUCCUGCACUCGCUGCAAUCGCUGGCCACCACCUGCUUGAGAGGUGGCCCCGCCCUGGCACCGCCACCUGUGGAGCCGCGACCCCUGAACCUGGCCUUUCUCUGGACAGGAUCGGGUGGUUCUGCUGGCCGGGGACUGGGAUUGGGAGGAGGAGCAGCAGCAGCAGGGAGCAUCAGCAACACACCAACAACAACAACGGCAACUGCCACUGCCAGCAGCGGAGCAAGCAGCUCCGCAUCGCGGCCCAAACACGGGCCGCACUGUGAUCAGUUCCUCAGGAAGAUGGGUCUGGCCAAGGGCGAGACGCCAUCGGAGGCUGAGGAGCACAUCUGUGAUAUGUCCUACGUGAAUAUGACCUGCAAUCGUUGGCGGGCGUACUGCAUGAAGAUGGAGGCCAUCCUGGCCAGACGCGAACCCGUUUGCAUCGAGGUUUACCUGGGUCCCGUGAGCCACAAGCUCUUGCUGGAGCAGUGGAUCAUCAGCGGCAAGGAGAAAGUUCCUCCGCCCACAAUGACGUUGCCCUCGCUCUGCAGCGCCAUCCGGAGUCAGUUGUACUUCUCCCAGAUCGUGGCCUGGUGCGAUCUGCUCCGCAAGUGCGAUCCAUCUGUGUACGACAGUGGCCGCGUCAUCUUCUCCAGCUGCGGCAACAAUGCCGGAGACUUGGCCACCUCGUAUACACCCAGCGGCGGGCAGAAGAGACCCCGCCUCAACAUCUUCUACAGGAUCAAGCAGCACACCGCCAGCAGCAGUAGUGGGCUCCACCAGGAGGAUGGCUUCAGUGCCAAGGCCAAUGUGCACAACUUUCCCAACGUCAACGUUUCGGAGAGCUACAGCAUCUCGGUGAGCGUGCGCAGCCUGCCCAGGAUAAAUGGUGGCUUGCCGCACGUGGAGCCACUGCCACCUAGUCCAGCUCCACGCAGCCUGAGAUCCUGCGGAGGCGGUGACCCCGCCAGCACGCCCACCGGGGGCGGGGGACUCCAUGCUGCCACGCCGACUGGCCUGGGAGCCCGGAUAAGUGCACUCACCCCAACGACAACGACGACGGCCAGCGGCUCCAACUGUGAUAAUGGAAAGUCCGAAAUGGGACAGGGACUGGACGAGCUCGAUGGGGACUCGAGUUUGAGCCACCGGGAGAGGCAGCUGCAGAAGUAUCGCAAGCGGAUGCAAAGGAGGGACAAGAAGCGGGAGAGGAAAUGCACACCGGAACGGGAAGUGAAUCCGCAACAAACCGGGGAACCCAUGGAGGAGGGCGAGGAGUCGCCCUCGCAGUCGCAGUCUCAGACACCGUCGGAAGCGCAAUCACUUUCCCUGACCCUGCAGCAACCGAGGCGCAUCGCCAUGAUCUCCACGGGCACGCAGACUUCGCUGAGCAGCUGCCAGCAGUGCGGCAGUGAGAAGACGCUACUCUGUCUCAGCUGCACAGGCGGCGGAGGAAGGGGGGCCAAUGGAUCGGCCAAGGCGGAGGAAGCCGAUGACAGCGAUACCACAGCCUCCGAAAUGGAGGAGACCUCCACUUGCAGCCUCAGCAGCGGCGAUCUCAUCGUGGGCACACCACGCAACAAGGCGGAGCUCCUGCUCCAGGCCAUCCAGCGCACGCCAAAGAACCACAAUCGCAAUCGAAAGCCACACCAGGCGGUGGAACAGGCUCCUCUGGGAACCAGCGCCGCCGGCGCCGCCUCCUCUUCCUCCUCCUGCCGCAACACAGAUCUCAACGGAGGGCAGAACAAUAAUGUAGCGAAGGUGACGCCCGCCACUAGUGGCUGCCAGGUGUGCAAGCGCCAGAAGACGCAGCACAACUUUGCAAAUGGAAAGGUUCAUCCACAACCCACCAAUGGAGAGCACACGAGCAAUGGUUUUGGCCUCCACAGGGAGGCGGAGCAGCAAAAGGAAGUUCAGAUACCCUCCACCGAGCUGACGCCCAACAUCGAACGCUGUUCGCUGAACCCCGCUGAGCGCUGCAAGACGCCGCCACCAGGAGUAGCCGAGCACAUAGUAGUGCAGUUCAAGACGCCGCUGAGCCAAGUGCCGGCCAAGCUGCAACCUGAUGCGAUGGUGCCACUGCAGCAGCAGCACCAGCUGGGGAAGUCCUCACCAAAGCCCAGUCAACUACGAUUGAACUGUGGCUCUGGGUUGCUGGAGAGCGAGACGCCGCCGCCCAUUGUGUCGCCCCAGAUGCGCAAGGCCCUGCCCAAGGUGAACCUGACGACGAUCUUCUGCAGCUCGGCGCCCAUUGCCAUCGGCUGUCCCGCCUUCAGCUUCGACCCGGCUGCCCUGAGUCACGCCCACUCGCAGUUGCUGCAGGCGCCUGAUGGCGGUGCCACGCCGCCCGUGCAGAAAUCCUUCUCUGCCCCCACUCUGCCACAUGCGGCUUCUCUGUCCGUGUCGCCACGAUUCGCCAAACAGGCGCUGGCCGCCCACAAGCGGCGCUCCCGCCAUUUGAGCGAUCGCAGCGACCGCAGUUCGCUGGGCUCCGAUGAGCAGCUGUCGGAUGAGGAUCUGGAGUCUGGUCUCUGCACUCCAGCGGGUGGAUCGCCCCUGAAGUGUCGCGCCAGGCUGGCGGCUCAUUUCGGCGGACGCCCACUGCUGGGAAAUCUGGAGGAAUCACUGCUGCAAAGAAGGCUCAUGCCCAAGAUCGAGGUGAUGGGCUUCAAGCUGCAGCUGGGCGCCUCGGGGGGCUUCUGUCCCACCCAGUUGACCAUCCCGGCUGUGUCCUACUUCUACGAGCUGCAUGGCGAGACACUGAGCACGCCGUACUUGUGCGAAAUUCGUCUGCCGCGCAAGGGCUACUCGGUGCCGAGAACGGGCACGGUGCAGGCCACGCUGCUGAACCCCAUGGGCACGGUGGUGCGGAUGUUUGUGAUACCCUACGAUAUGCGCGACAUGCCGCCGCUGCACCGCACCUUCAUCCGGCAGCGCAUUCUGGCCGAGGAGCUCGGCCAGGAGCAGCAGGAGGCCGGACCCAGGAUGCCCAGGAGUCCAACAGUCACGAGUACGACCAGCAAGCUGGGCCACUUCAUCAGCGCCGAGCAAAUGAAGCGGCUGCGCUACUCCAUACACCUGAGGUUCCAGACGUCUCGCUCCGGACGACUGUGCCUGCACACGGACAUCCGACUGCUGAUCUCACGCCGCACCGACUGCGAUACGGCGGCUGCCCACGCGAAGGGCGUCUUGGAGGCGCCCAACGAGCUGGUCACGGACACCAUGAUGCCGGCCGAGCCGCGCUACAGUGCGCGCCAGGAGAGCGCCAGCAGGAUUUAGUAGCUACUGCGAGCCCUGGGCGGCACCUUCGACCUGCUGCGCCGGCUGUGCAAGCAGCUCCAGGACAAGUGGCAGCAGCGCGAGACGAGGGAUCUCUGGCAGUGGCCCCGAUACCAGUUGUAGGAGGUGGCGCAGCCCCAAGAGG